GGGGAAACGCUGCGUACCAUAGCAGUGAUAGAUAGCAAUGGCAUGUCCUUGUCCCGGUGAUCCAAUUUAGAUUCUUUGCCCAAUUAUCCCCCACCCCAGGCCAAAUUCACAGCGUUCCGUUCAUUCGGGAGGGGAAGACGGCGGUGAAUGCUCAGAAGAAGAUGGACGCCGACUACCGCGGGCUCGGGGCCUUAAGGAGACCGAUCUUAGAGGACGAUGAGGUACGUACAAGUAAUCUGCAGUAUCGAUAAGAGAUCGAUGGCAGAGCAAGAGCAACGCCCAAUCCAGAGCCGCGGCUUCAGUGCUCCACGAGAAUCUAGCGGCGCGCCCCGUGCCUCUGGCAGCCAGCAACCUCGGUGCCUCCUGCUAAUCACGCUCAGCGAUUCCUGUGCGCAGAAGAGACUCAAAAGGGAUUACCAGUAGCUUCUGCCAAAACAUGUAAUCUUGCUUGUAAUUUCGAGCUUUCACUUAUUGCGCCAGGCGUCUUGUUCGAAUCGGGGCUCGGAAGCGCGGGAGCUGGAGGCGCACAAGGCGGUCGGUCACUACUCCGAUAAGGCACUCAAAGUGAUCUUGUGACGUUCUCCGUGGCGACAGUGCUUCCAAUGUGGCAACCGUCAACUCCUGGGCCGGAGUCAGCUACCUCAUGCCCCUGCUCGGCGCCGCCGUUGCCGAUUCCUACUGGGGAAAGUACAAGACGGUGCUGAUCGGCCUCUCCAUUUCAAUCGUCGGAUUAGCCAUGGUCACCACUUCAGCUACGCUGCCGUCUCUGAGGCCGUCGCCGUGUGCACCGGCGACUCUCGGCCAGAAGCUGGUCUUCCUUUCGGGCAUAUACCUGUGCGCCGUCGGAAUCGGCGCGUCCAAGGCUGUUUUCAUGUCGUUCGCGGCGGAGCAGUUUGACGACAGGGAUGAUGACGGCAAGAAGGCCAAGGCGUCCUACUUCAGCUGGUACUACGCGGUAGCCAACAUGGGCAUGCUGACCGCUGGAACGCUGCUGGUUUGGGUCGAGGACAAGGUGAGCUGGGGGCUCGGCUACGGCAUCUGCGGGUUGUUCGUGGCGGUCGUCGUCGUCGGCCUCGCCGCCACGGCGCCCAUGUACCGGAUACUGCCUCCAGUGGGCAGCCCGUGGAAAGGCGUCUUCCAAGUGCUCUGCGCACUGUCUCGCAAGGUAAAACUCAAGGUACCUGAUGAUGCCACCCAACUAUACGAGGAGGAGGAUGUCAAGAACCCGUUUCUGCAUCCCGCGCACGAACAAUUGCAGCACACCGACCAGUUCAGGUUCUUGGACAAGGCCGCCAUUGUCACGGACGGGGACCUGGAUCAGGACGGCAACCGGCCAUGGAGGCUGUGCACGGUGACGCAGGUGGAGGAGCUCAAGACCCUGCUGCGGCUGAUCCCGAUAUGGCUCACCUCGGCCGUGUACUUCGUCGCCAACACGCAGGCGCAGACCACGUUCGUGCAGCAGGGCACCAAGACAGCAGACUCCCACAUCCCGGCCGCCUCGCUCACGUCCGUCGAGACGGUUUGCGUCGCCGCCAGCGUCGCGCUCUACAACAGCUGCGCCUCCGCGAAGCCGGCCUGGCGCCUCACGCCGCUUCAGCUCAUCGGGCUUGGCCACGCGACGGCGGCCGUCGCGGUGGCGGUGGCAGCGUGCACCGAGGCGCGCAGGCUGCGGAUGGCCCAGGAUCAUCAGCUUAUGGGAAUAGCGUGGCUGCUGCCGCAGUACGUGGUGAUGGCGGUCUCGGAUGCGUCGCUCUCCGUGGGGCAGCUGGACUUCUUCUACGACCAGUCGCCGGAGAUGAUGAAGGGCGUGUCCACGGCGUUCUACUUCGUGUCCGUGUCGCUGGGAAAUCUCAUCAACUCGCAGCUGGUGAUCCUAGUCGCGUCCGUCACAGCGGCAGGAGGCGGGACGGGCUGGUUUCCACCGGAACUGGAUGAUGGGCACCUAGAUUACUACUUCGUGCUUGUUGUUGCCGUUACCGUGGUGAACUUCGCUGUUUUUGUGGCCCUCGCCAAGAACUACACGCCCAGGAGGGUUAGAUAAUCCUCCAUGCUUUCUAACUAGCAAUGUGGCCCUCAUAUUUUGCGAGGGCAACAUCUGAAUAUGUACGGUUUAUAUUAUAAGAUGAUUAUUAAGAUUAGGAUAGAGAUUUGGUGCA